AUGUUCAAUUUCUCGAUAACCCCCGCCCUCAACCCCUACAGCUUCUUGUCCGUUUCGGCAGUUGCUGCAGUCUCAGCAAUUCUCCUGGAUUGGAGCUAUAUGCUAUGGCGACGACGCAAACUGCCUCCGGGGCCGCUGCCCCUGCCAAUUGUGGGAAACCACUUCCAAACUCCAAGUGUGAAGCCCUGGAUCACCUGGGAGAAGUGGGCAAAGAAGUACAAUACUCCCAUGUUGACACUUUGGAUCGGGCGUCAGCCACGCAUCAUUCUUUCUGAUGCAUGGGUUGCGUCUGAACUACUGGAAAAGAACGCAGCCACAUUCUCCUCGAGACCCCGGUUGGUGGCCAUGGGCGACGCUCUAAACUGUACCACUACGAAUCAGACCACACUUGAGUACGGUGAUCGAUGGAGGCUUCACCGGAAACUCAUGCACGCAGCUGUUGGCUCUCAGGCUGUUCGAAACUAUCGGAGCUUUCAGGCAGACGAGGCCAAGCUCUUGAUCAGAGACUUAAUGGAAAAGCCAGAGGAAUUUGAGGCUUCCAUCGAGCGGUAUACAAUCUCGGUUACCUCCAUCAUCGGAUGGGGUCGUCGCAUCGAUCGGAACAGCGACUACGUUGCCCAGCAAGCGCUUCAAAUGAUGGAGGCGGUAAACCUUGUCGUCCCUGGUGUUUUCAUUCUAGAGACCAUUCCGGCCCUGUUGAAACUUCCAUCGUGGCUAUACGGUUUCCCAAGAACCCUGAGAAUGAGCGCCGCAGUCGCUGGCAGGUACUUCUACAAGUUGACUGAAGAAAGCCUUGGUAACGGACGAAAGGCAUUCAACAGAUUCAUCAUGGACUCCCAGAAGAAACAUCAAAUGACCGACUUGGAGGUUGCCGGGUUGAUGGGUAACCUCAUAGGAGGCGGUGUCGACACGACCUCCAGCACCAUGCUCAGCUGCAUUCUUGCCUUGGCAGUCUUUCCAGAUGUCCAAAUGAAGGCUCAAGAAGAGAUAGACGCCAUGAUUGGUCACGAAAGAUCACCAGGCUGGGAUGACAUCGACCAUGGACGGCUUCCUUACCUUGCUGCUUUCGUCAAGGAGGUUCUCCGAUGGAGGACAGUCACCGUGCUCUGCGGCAUCCCACACGCCAAUACGAAGGACUUCGUACACGAAGGAUACCACUUCCCUGCUGGAACCAACUUCACCAGCAACAUGUGGGCCAUACAUCGCAACUCGAAGGACUUUCCAGACCCUGAUAGCGUCAGACCGGAGAGAUUUCUGAACGGGUCGGAAAAUCCGUACCCUAAUGCACGGGGAAGCAACCCAUUCGGCUGGGGCAGAAGGCAGUGCAGUGGUCAGCCUCUUGCUGAACAAGGCCUUCUGUACUCCGUAGGCCGGAUGAUCUGGGCUUUCAACAUAAGACCGGGUUUGGAAGAAGAGGGAAAAGAGAUGAUGUUGGACAUAUUCGCCUAUACCGAGAGCGAGAAUACUCGCCCAAGGCCUUUCAAAGCCCAGUUUCUGCCUCGGUCUCCGGAGAUCCGGAAACUCAUUGACGGAGAAGCUGUAGCCGCUCGGGAGGCUUUGCGUAUCUACGAUGGUGAGACGAGUUUGACCAUGGAAGACGCUGUAACGAACCCCGCAUUGCAUUGA